GGAGGGCCGGGCCGGGGUGGCACGUGAAGGUCGCCUGGCAGCCUGCUCCAUUCACUCCGUCUCGCCUCUCCCGGCUCGAGCCCAGCCCGGCAUGGACCCUUCGUCCGCCGCGGGCGACUUGGGAUCGGCCGUCAACGACCCGCAGCUGCAGCACUUCAUCGAGGUGGAGACGCAGAAGCAGCGCUUCCAGCAGCUCGUCCACCAGAUGACGGAGCUCUGCUGGGAGAAAUGUAUGGACAAGCCUGGCCCCAAGUUGGACAGCCGAGCGGAGGCCUGCUUUGUGAACUGCGUUGAGCGGUUCAUCGAUACCAGCCAGUUUAUUCUCAACCGGUUGGAGCAGACGCAGAAAUCCAAGUCGGCGUUCUCUGAAAAUCUGUCUGAUUGAGCUGACCCCACCCCCAUGACAGCUCUGAUUUCUUCAUUCAAAAAGGAAAAAACCAAUUGUAUGGGAGAGGAGGCAGCAAAGAGAGAACAGACGAAAGGAUCGCUAGGGAUAAGCUGUGAGGGAGGUUGGCCUCUACAUUUGUGACGGACUCCAGGACUUCCCAGCUGCCUUGAUCAGUUCCGGUUUUAAAUUCCCAUCUUGUGAACAUUAACAGCCAGACAAAUGAGGGCAUGCAACACUGCACACCUGCUGCUUAACAUAGGCUUGUGCUGCCCUGAGAUUUUUGUUUAAUUUUUUUGUAGUAGAAAAGUUCUGGAUAAGGGGGAUCUUCACACCAGAAUUGUGGCUCGAACAGCUCACUUUCCCGGUGGUGCGGCCAGGGUAGCCCACCGAUCAAUGCUUGAGAAGUUCCUCCUCCCGCUUCUUCUUGAGAUAAGGGAGCUGGGAGGCUUGAGAAACACUACUGUGGAUCCUGGGAAAUGCAGGGGUGCAAACGUGCCUUUAACAAUGGUACUACGCUUUAGCGCUCCUCCUUUAAGUGUUGCGAAUCGCUUGCCUGCUGCUCGCUUGAACAUGCGACUGAGUUGACCUUUGUAAACCGCAACUGGGGGUGUUGCGGUUGGAAAGAGGGAGGCAGACUUCGCUUGCAGAAGUGUUGUGCCGGUCUUCAAUGAGGUGCUUAUUCAACCCCUCCUUAGCCCAGCUAGAAAGAGAUCCUCCAGGGCACAUGGUUAUUGGGAAGGAAUAUCACUCAUGUGGUCUUGUAAAUGUUUCACUUACCGAGUACAAAAGUCUGUCUUGACUUUCUCCAUAAAUUCUUUUCCUUCUGAUCAAUGGAAUAAAUGUCAGUUGGAUCCAUUUUAAAA